AAUUAUUGGGGGUGUUGGAGGCCUUCCCUGCCUGCAGCGCCUGGCACCCACCUGUGGCAUGGGGCCGGCUGGGAGCGGGGUCCCCUCACCCUGCUUCUCUCAGGGGUUGGGUGUUGCUGGCCGAGGGGAAGGAGGGCUUUAAUCUCAUGCUAUGAGCAGCAGCCUGGGGAGAACCAAGAUGAAGCUUCCACCUUCUUCAAGCUUUUUGUGUUCCUGCUCCUGUUAGACGCCUGCCAAAGCAGGGUGCAAGAGGCUUGCAGACUGCAGCCAGCUUUCAUGCUCGGUGCUUCUCAGGCAGCAGUGGCGCUGCGCAAGUAUUUUCUGCCUUUCCUUGGGACAGAACCUGCCCUAGCUUUAGAUGUCUCAAUGGAUAUGUGGAACUUUUCCUACACUUGCCUGGCAUCCUUGUGGCUGCACAGAUUUUACAUCUAUUCUGUUAUUGCUUUUGGGAUCAGUCUCUGGAUCAUUGUCCAGCUCUUCACCACCAAAAAGAAGGGUGAAAAAUCCAAUGGGAACCUGUCUUCUGAAGUAGUAGAAGAAAAACAAGCAAAUGGAUAUGCUGCCCUGCAGGUGAAGGAGGUCUAUGUUGCUGGUGUAAAGAUUUUCUAUGGGUCUCAGACUGGCACAGCAAAGAGAUUUGCGAAAGGCCUGGCUGAAGCAGUUAUUUCCCUUAAUUUGCCUGUGGAAGUCAUUAGCAUGGGAGAUUAUGAUCCAGAUGACUGUCUAGCAGAGGAGACAACCAGCAGGAACAUCUGUGUGUUCUUGGUAGCUACAUACACAGACGGACAGCCAACUGAGAGUGCCGCAUGGUUCUGCAAGUGGUUAGAAGAGACUGCAAAUGACUUCCGCUUUGGCAAAACCUACCUGAAGGGCCUGAGAUAUGCUGUGUUUGGCUUGGGAAACUCAGUUUAUGUUGAUCAUUAUAACACAGUUGGAAGAAAUAUUGACAGAUGGCUGUGGAUGCUCAGUGCCAGCCGUAUCAUGACUCGUGCUGAGGGGGACUGCAAUGUGGCCCAGAGCAAGCAUGGCAGCAUUGAGGCUGACUUUGAAGCCUGGAAAACCAAGUUCCUCAGUUGUCUCCAGGCCCUCUGCAGAGGGGAAAGGAAGCCCUGCAGUGGGAAGUGCAAGAAAGGGAAGUGCAAAUCCCAGGGGAAGCAGAGCAAGGAGAGCUCAGAUCAUGAACACGGCGCAUCAGAGUACAAGAAUGCUGAGGCAGAAGAAUUGGUUGAAACCAGUAGUGAGGAGGAGGCUGAUGCUGAGGAAGUUGGAGGCAUGAAUUCUGUCAUUGAUGUUGAAGAUCUUGGCAAUGUCAUGAGCCACAUGAAGAAAGCCAAGAGAGAACGUGAGCUUGAGGAAGGAGUUAUUGGAACAAGCUUGUCUGGAGAGACCGCCGGGAGGAAGGAGGCAGGUGAAAAGAGAGAGAUGAUAACUGCAGCUCUGAGAGACGCGCUCACAAAGCAAGGUUACAAGUUGAUUGGGAGCCAUUCUGGGGUGAAGCUCUGUCGGUGGACAAAGUCGAUGCUUCGAGGCCGAGGCGGCUGCUACAAGCACACGUUUUAUGGAAUUGAGAGCCAUCGCUGCAUGGAAGCCACGCCAAGCCUUGCUUGUGCCAACAAAUGUGUGUUUUGCUGGAGACAUCAUACAAAUCCAGUGGGCACAGAGUGGAGAUGGAAGAUGGACCAACCUGAAAUGAUCUUGCAGGAGGCUAUUGAGAACCAUCAGAAUAUGAUUAAGCAGUUCAAAGGAGUGUCAGGAGUAAAAGCAGAUCGCUUCGAGGAAGCAAUGACAGCAAAGCACUGCGCGCUGUCACUGGUGGGAGAGCCCAUCAUGUACCCGGAGAUCAACCGCUUCCUGAAGCUCCUGCACCAGCACAACAUCUCCAGCUUCCUCGUUACAAACGCACAGUUUCCAGAUGAGAUUAGGAACCUCGAGCCAGUAACGCAGCUGUAUGUCAGCGUGGAUGCCAGCACCAGAGAGAGCCUGAAGAGAAUCGAUCGACCCCUCUUCAAGGAUUUCUGGCAGAGGUUUCUAGACAGUUUAAAGGCCUUGUCUGAAAAGCAACAGCGUACAGUCUAUAGGCUGACACUGGUGAAAGCUUGGAACGUGGAUGAACUCAAAGCCUAUGCUGACCUGGUAUCGCUGGGUAAACCAGACUUCAUCGAGGUCAAGGGGGUGACGUACUGCGGAGAAAGCUCGGCCAGCAGCCUCACCAUGGCCAACGUCCCCUGGCACGAAGAGGUGGUGCGCUUCGUCCAGGAGCUGGCCGAACUCAUCCCAGACUACGAAAUCGCCUGUGAGCACGAACACUCAAACUGUCUGCUGAUAGCUCACAAGAAGUUCAAGGUUGACGGCGAGUGGUGCACCUGGAUCAACUACGAGCGCUUCCAGGAGCUGGUACGAGAGCACGAGAGGAGUGGGGGAUUGAAGACGUUCACAGCAGCAGACUACACAGCCAGGACUCCUCGCUGGGCGCUGUUUGGGUCCAGCCAACGGGGCUUUGAUCCCCUGGACGUAAGAUACCAGCGGAAGAACAAAGCAAAAGACAUCUCCGGGUGCUGACGUUAGGAUGGGGCUCGCCGAUCUGCAGGCUGGCUGAUGGAUGAGCUUUGGUCUUCAUUUCCAGACUAACACCCAUAUCAAAUCUGUUCACGUAGGCUUUCUGAAGUUGGAUAUUGAGAAGGAUGGUAAAGUCUUUGUUUAACCCUUCCCUCCUGUUUUUAGGGCUUCUUGGAUGGAAGUAUUUGUAACGCUUUUUAUCUUGUACAAAUGCUACGUGUGAGCAGUGUAUCGCCGUUGGCAGUGCCAUCGGG